AUGACAGAAUCUGCUGAACUCUACAACCUUAAGUGCCUCGCGAAGGGCCCCACAUGCUUUAAAAACCAUUAUAACCCAUCGUGUAUUGAUCUUUUUCUCACAAAUCGAUAUAACUAUUUCCAAAACACCAGCACAUUGGAAACAGGUCUCUCUGAUUUCCAUAAAAUGGCCAUCACUGUAAUGAAAAUAUAUUUUCAGAAACAAAAAUCUCAUAUCAUCAAAUAUAGGAAUUACAAAAACUUUUUAAAUGAACGUUUUUGUUAUGAGCUAACAUGUCGACUUCAAAAUAUAGAAAAAUCGAAAAAAAAGAUAGAUGAUGAGUUAGAAAACUUUCAUGAAUGUGCAAAAUCAGUCCUUAACAAAAUUGCGCCAUUAAAAAAAAAAAUACGACCAUCGACCCAAAUUAUAAUACUGAUAGAAAAAGAAGAAAUCAUAUCGGAUGAUGAAAAGGUUGCAAACAUUUUCAACACUUCCUUCACGAAUAUUGUAAAAAAUCUGGAUCUUACAAUAUCUGACACAAUCCUUGUAAUUUGCUCAAACGUAGAUGACCCUGUUUUGAAGGCUAUUAAACAAUAUGAAAACCAUCCAAGUAUACUGAAUAUAAAAAAAAACAUUGGUAAUUACAAUCCUGGUUUUUCCUUCAAUCAUGUAGAAAAAGCUGAAAUCAGGAGAGAGAUUCGAAAUUUGAAUAUUCAUAAGGCAUGCCAAGAAACCGAUAUACCAACAAAAAUAAUUAAGGAAAACGAAGAUCAGUAUUUAGAAAUUUUACAUUUCUCUGUUAACUCUGCAAUUGAUCUGUGUAAAUACCCAGAAUUUUUGAAAAGGGCAGAUGUGACACCACUUUUUAAAGAAAAAGACAGAUCUGACAAAUCAAACUACAGACCUAUAAGCAUUCUUAGUAACCUUUCAAAAAUCUUUGAGAGAUGUCUGUAUCGUCAGAUUGAAAAUUAUUUAACCGAUACUUAA